AUGUUUUCACCAGGCCCGUCAAAUCAGCCGCUCCCAUUCACACUGAAUUCGGUCUCAUCAGUAUUAUCACCUAACAUGUCUCCAGCAGCACCUAAUACACGUUCAAAGCGACGACAGAACACAAAACCUAAACACCCAGCGGCAAAAAAAGUAAAGAAGUUUGUAAGAAAACCUCUAUCAUUCAAAUUCAGAGCAGGAAAACUACAGUACGCAGCUAUAUUUGAACCACCGAAACACGAUUUCUCACCCGAUCCACAUCAUUCAAUCUUAGAUUAUUUCACUGACUUUUUUUCAAAUGACAUAUUCGAAUUAAUAGUAGAACAGACAAACUUAUAUUCAGUUCAAACCGAUUCGAGAUCUAUAAAUAUAACAAACGAUGAUGUGAAAGAUUUCAUAGCGAUUACACUCAUUAUGGGGGUAGUGAAAAUGCCCUCUUACAGAGAUUAUUGGAGUCGAUUUUUGCGAUAUCCAGCUGUCGCUGAUAUCAUGCCUUUAAAAAAGUAUGAGAAAAUAAGGAAAUAUUUACAUUUCGCCGACAACAGCAACAUUAACGACGACCGUUACUACAAAGUUCGACCAAUUAUUGAAAAAAUUAGGCUUAAUUGCUUAAAAAUGAAGGAGGAACAACGCUACAGCGUCGACGAAAUGAUGGUCCCAUACAAAGGGACAAGAGCGGGAAGUAGGCGCCAAUAUCUACCUAAAAAACCAAAAAACUGGGGGAUGAAGUUAUUCGUUCGAGCAGGCGUCUCUGGUUUAGUGUAUGAUUUCAUUCCUUAUGGUGGAGAAGACACGUUUAGAAAUCAUUCUUUUACUGAAUACGAGGAGAGCCUCGGUCUUGGAGCAAAAGUUGUGCUAGCACUUUGCAAGACCAUUGAGGAUAAACCUGCAGUCGUAUAUUUUGACAAUUUCUUUACGUCAUUGGAGCUAAUUCACCAUUUGCGUCAAGAAUACGGUAUUUUUAGUCUUGGUACCAUAAAAAGUAAUCGUUUGAGAGGUUGUCAAAAUAAACUACUAGCAGAUAAAGUUCUCGCAAAAAAAGGACGGGGUGCAAGCUCCCAGAUCGUCUGCAAUGACACGAAACUUGCUGUUGUCAGAUGGUAUGACAAUAAGCCGGUGACAUUGGCUAGUUCAUUCGUCGAUUCCCAUCCAAUGGGAAAGAUUCAAAGGUAUUCCAAAGAUACAGAAUCUAGGGUGGAGGUCAAUUGUCCUCAGAUUGUGAAGCAAUAUAAUGCCCAUAUGGGGGGCGUAGACUUGGCGGACAUGCUUAUCGCUCUAUACCGUUCAAACUUUAAAACUAAGAGGUGGUACAUGACCAUGUUUUCACAAUCUCUGGAUAUUUGCGUCAACAAUGCUUGGUUAUUACAUAGGAGAGAUCAUGCUGAUCCUAAAGACCGUUUACCUCUCAAAAAAUUUCGGAUACAGAUAGUAUCUGAGCUUUUACAUAAAAACAGAACGAGGGUGACAGUGAGUCAGGAAAACGAUCCUCCUAAAAAAAUAAUUACUCCAGCUGCUCCAAGACCGACUGAUGCUGUACGAUAUGACAACAAUGGACAUUUACCCAUGUUUGUGUCGUAUGGACGGUGCAAAUACUGUAAAAAUGGGUACACAAAUAUUACUUGCUCAAAAUGUAUCCUCAGGCUGUGUCUAGUUAGUAAGAGAAACUGUUUUUAUAAUUACCAUGUUAAGUAA